UCCGGGUUGGGCAGUGAAUAGGGGAAGUAUGGGCGCUGCAGAAUUUGUGGGCUGCCAAUCGGGAUUUGAAAACACAUCCGGAAGGAUACUAAGGGCUCUACGGACCUGUGUGAGAAUUCUUGGUGGUUGCAGGACAAUACUUUUGCUCACCACCGCACCGCACCAGCCUGUAUUGGACUUAUGGGACUCGCCACGUCGCCAAGUGAUACUGCAGUGCUGGUAUGUGAAAGACCAGGAUGUACUAGACCGCUGGUGCUCGCCAGUUCACCAAAGGUUCACAUGGCACUAGUACUGGCACUCUGCUGCAUAUGAGAGUCAUCA